UAAAUAUAGCUCCACAUAGCAGCAACCGAAGCUGACGUCUUGCCGUACGAAACGUGUGUUUCGGGCAGCGAGAUGCGGUUAAAUGUUGGCGUUAGCACAGAGGAGUGAAAACCGAGCGAGCGAGACGUGGUUGUGACGGUGUCGUCCAAGUCACAACUUCCCCACUGACCUUACUCGGACUUAGGGGGAUUUUGGGAGGGUUGAAGGAAUCACCCCCAAAAUGGAGCUCGGCGACGGAGCAGCGGUGGGCAGCGACGACUCGCUCAACUUCUCCCACUCGAACUUGAACAUUUUCACCGCGUACUGCGUCAGCGACGAGAAGAAAAGAGACACCAAACACCUCUACCUGAACAACAACCGGCUGUGCUCGCUGCCCUCUUCGGUGACCCACUUCGCCAACCUCAAGUUGCUGGACAUCAGCAACAACAACCUGUCGGCCAUCGGCGAGGACAUCACGCGGCUAGCUCAUCUCAGGACGCUCAUAGCCAAGAACAACCGCCUGAACGAGUUCUCACUGCCCAAGGGCUUCUCCUCCAUGCAGCUGGAGGUGUUGAACUUCAGCGGGAACUGCUUCGAGGAGAUCCCGCUGCAGUGCACCAAGCUCCGGCGUCUUCAGUCACUAUCACUCGGCGGAAACCGACUGAAAAGUAUCCCCGCCGGGAUUGAAAACCUAACCAGUCUGGAAAUGUUGUAUCUGGGUGGCAACUUCAUCUCGGCCAUUCCCACUGAGGUUGCCAACUUGCCCUACCUGAGCUACUUGGUGCUGUGUGACAACUGCAUUCAAAGCGUCCCGCCGCAGCUCACCCGGCUCCGCUCGUUGCGCUCGCUGAGCCUCCACAACAACCUGCUCACGUACCUGCCCCGGGAGAUCGUGAGCCUGGUGCACCUGCAGGAGCUCAGCCUCCGCGGGAACCCGCUGGUGGUGCGCUUUGUCAGGGAGCUGAUGUACGACCCCCCCUCGCUGCUGGAGCUGGCCGGGCGCACCAUCAAGAGCAGAAAUGUCCCCUACUCGCCGCCAGACUUGCCCUCCCACCUGCUCAAGUACUUGAACCUGGCCAGCAAGUGCCCCAACCCCAAAUGUGCCGGCGUCUACUUCGACUCGUGCGUGCGCCACAUCAAGUUCGUGGACUUCUGCGGCAAGUACCGGCUGCCGCUCAUGCACUACCUGUGCUCGCCCGAGUGCACCACGUCGCCAUGCAACUCCAACCCGCAGAGCGACGCCGAGUCGGAGGACGAGAACAGCGUGCCCGCCGACCGCCUCCAGAGGGUGCUGCUGGGCUAGGACCGUACCGCCUCCAUUGUGCAGUCCCUACAUGUACGCCAUUACGCACAAUUUCUACUUCUAGUAUACACAUCUAGUGCAGAUUUAAAGGGAACAUAUAGUGCAUUGUUUUCACAAUUUAAAACGAUUCCGUUGUCUCCUAAUUAGGGCCUGACCGAUAUGGAAUUUUCUUUCAGGCCGAUUUUAAUAUUUGGCAGAGUGACAUUCCAAUAACCGAUUAAUCGGGUGAUUAAUUUGAAAAAUAUGUAAUAAAUAAACUAAUUUCUAUUUUGGUCACUUAACGCCUCCAACAAUAAAGAUGAAUUACAGGUAGAACAUUUGACUGAAUUUACUGAAUUUGGCUGCCCUUUAGUAAUUACUUAACUUUACAAUAAUUGUAAUAUUUUUUUUGAAUGCCAUUGUGUUUAUCUUUUGUUGUGAUGUGUUUUUUUUGUAUAUAAAAAAAGAAAUGCAUAAAAAAAAAAAAAUAGGCCGAUUUGAAUAGGGUUACUAUUGGCAUAAUAAAUCGGCUGGCCGAUUAAUCGGUCAGGCCCAAGUCUUAAUCGCAGGCCUUUGAGUUGCUUUUGUCAGAAGAAAUUAUGCUUGUAAAAUUGGCUGAAGUUGGGGGGGGGGGAAAAAUCAGUACAGAUUUUCUGGCAAAACAUUUUUUUUUUUAGCAAGAAACAUGAGGUCGACUCUUUGGUUUAGUAAAAAUAAAUGGGCCGGAUGUGUCCCCUGGGCUUUGAUUUUGAAACCCUCGAUGUAGUUUUACCCCGGCACGUAAAAGAUUUACUUAGUUGUGUAGUUUCGCACUUGAUGGGCGGGCAGGCAGUCCACACAACGAUUAAACACCACAAGCACUUAAAAAGUGUAUUUCCCAUAAUAUGUCCUCUUAAAAUUCUAUUAGGUGAUCUCAGCAGGCUGCAAAUUUUCGGCAAACGCUCGUAAAUGAAAUGUGCCGCUUAUCUGACUUUCAUGACAUUCUAAACGAAAAUGUGUUAUGUUCGAGGAUGCUUACAUGACAUAGUGAUGCAAUCGUGGUAGUUUUUAAAUCAGAAUUUCUACUUUAUGAGCGCUAAAAUGUAUCGUAGCCUUAACAGGGAGCUUUUCAAAUCUCCUGCGUUACGAUGUUAGACGUGCGAAUGUUACAGUGGCACCUAAACCACAAUAAUAAUAUCGUCUUUCUAAUGUCUUUUCAAUAUCGUUGUGUAUGUCCAGCAAUGUAAUAUAUGCACCCUGAAAUGUGACAAGAUUACUAGGAAUUAUUUUUUAUUUUCGUAUUAUCACAGAAAAUGUAUUUCUAACCUUUUUUCAUAACUGCUUUUAUACCAAUCAUCAUUUUACAAAAAUAAAUGAACUCUACUUAUUUUAUGAACCUGGAGUGUAGCUUGCACUUAAACAGAAAAUGUAUGUACAGUACUUUAAUUUGUUUAUGAUAACAAUAAUAAAAGACAUGUUUACUUGUU